CUUCCUUUCGCUCUCUCAUCUCGGCCAUUCGAGCUGCCUUGACCUCGAGGGAGCUAGACAAUCAGAAUGGCUGCAGACUACUGGAGGUCAUCUCAAGCCAACCAAUGGCUGCUUGAUCCCCUCGAUCUUGAAGUCUCCCGCGUCGAGGACCUCCGCUAUGCAGGCGACAAGGACAAGCUGGCAGCCAGUACCAUCUUCCUUGCCAGCGCAAUCUCCUCCCUAGCCAAACGUCUCCACCUCAGACAACGAGUGACAGCAACGGCCACCGUCUUCUUUCACCGCUUCUACUCUGUUCCACCCAAUGGAUACACGAAUACCGAUCCUUGUCUAGUGGCAACGGCGUGCGUGUAUGUGGCUUCAAAAGUGGAAGAAACACCCAUCCACGUCAAGACGGUGAUGCAUGAAGCGGGGAAGAUGUGGAAUGAAUACGGACACACUACAUUCCCAAUCUCAAGCGUCGAUUUAGCAGAGAUGGAGUUCUACCUGCUCAGGGACCUAGACUACCACCUCGUGCUGCACCACCCGUAUCGCCCUCUGCUUCAACUCGCAGGAACCGUAGGCAAAGCAGCGGUGGAGAGGGCAGAAGCUGCGGCGCAGAGUAGCAAUAAAUCAGGAGCAGCAGGUAGAGGAGCAGCAUCUUCCGGGCAGAUAGGCGUGGGCAUGCCUUAUGGUCUCGGCAUUCACGCAGACGCUCUCGGUGUAGGUUCAAGCAAGAUGGGCGGCAUGAGCUUUGACAUGACGAAUGCGAGCGCAGCUGGAAACCAUAGUGCAAGCAAUGGCAAAGAGGGAAAUGACGAGGAGAGAGAGCGCGAUCGUAGAGAGGAGGAAGCGGCUCGCAAGGCUUUGGUCAGUGGGGAUCAUGGCCUGCCGAUCGCGCGAGUUGAAGAGAUUGAUCAGGACGUGGUGCAGAUGGCUUGGUUCCUCCUCAACGAUACCUAUCGUCACGCGCAUCUGCACCUUCUCUACCCUCCGUACAUCCUCGCCCUAGCCGCCCUCUGCCUCGCACUGGUGCUGCAUGACCCCAGCAGGGAGAAGAUGCUGGCUAGCGUAACCAAGAUGGAGGGGAGGAGGAAGCGGGCGCGCGAUCUGGAUGAGGCCGGCGGCGGUGAGGGCGAGAAGUCGACCAAGGUCGCAGCGAGUACGCCUGCCGCCUCUUCAGCCGCACCCCCCAUGCCUCCUCGAGCUGCUCCUUCGACCAUCCCGCCUCGCCCUGCACAUCUGCCUCCGAAGCCAGGCGGCUCGACAAGCGGUUUCCCCACACGGCCGCAAGCAUCACACCCAUCCCCGGGCAUAGGCUCAAGUCACGACGAUUCCCCUGCAGCCGGCGCCCCUGGGCUGACGGCUUCCUCGUCCUCCAUUCCCUCGAAACCCACCCCACCCAGUGACGUCCUCACUUUUCUCUCCCUGCUCAAUCUCUCGCCCCGCUCACAGCUUGCGUCAUGCAUCCAGUCCAUCCUAGACGGAUAUGCCACUUGGAUGCGAUGUCACUCCUCUUUGUUGGAGGGCAAGAGGAUUGUCGGGUGGCUGGACGAGUGGAGGCGGAAGAGGGAAGAGGAACUGAGGGUGUUGGAGCAUGAGGGCCUCUUGAUGGCCGCUAGCGGGAGAAAGGAAGGCGGGCCAGGGGCUGGGAAGAAGGGGUAGAUUGAGAAGUCGUCCUGAGGGGUACUCGGCAGUGUAGAGCAGUCAAGUCGGCAGGCUGGCGCUCUCUAAUUUCCACGCGGACAAUGGCCAUCAAAAGAACCAUCGAUAGACGAAGAAGAGGGUGACGAAUCCUGCAACGAUGUAGAGGGUGAGACGAUG